AUGUAUGAAGUGCAUGGGCAACCCGAUGCAGACGAGGAAGCGUCCGCGUCUGCCGAGAAACAAGAUUCAGGAGAAUCUAGAGAUGUUUUUGUUGAAGAUGAAGUCCAUCAAAUCCAGUACAAGACACUCAGUUGGCAGUCUGUGAGCCUCCUCAUGAUAGCAGAAAUCGUCAGCAAUGGUAUGCUGUCUCUCCCGAGCGCACUAGCAGUUGUUGGCAUCGUGCCUGCUGUCAUUCUGAUUGUGUUUCUCGGUAUUUUUGGCCUCUAUACUGCGAAGUUGCUCAUCGACUUCAAGCUGAACCAUUCCAACGUGCACACCAUGGGUAGUGACGCUGGAUACAUUAUGUUCGGACCUGUUGCUCGGGAGCUGCUUGCCUUUGGAACUGUCGCUUUCGCUAUAUGUGGCUCCGGUUCUGAACUACUUUCCAGCCAGCAGGCGCUGUCAACACUUUCGAAUCAGGGCAUAUGUAGCAUGUAUCUGGUUAUUAUCACCGGCGCCGUUGCGUUUAUGAUUUCUCUACCGCGGACACUGGGUCGCUUGGCAUGGAUGGGCCUUCUCAGUGCAGGGGUCAUUGCCCUGGCUGGUUUCGUUGCAAUGAUUGGAGCAGGAGCGAACCCAGUUCCUGGACGGUCUCUGACUAUAACUGCCUCCAGUAACUUUUACGAUGCCUUCUUGGCUGUCACAAACCCUGUUUUUGCAUAUGCUGGUAUGAAUUUUGUGAUGUUCUUUAUUCUAAUAUCUGAGAUGCGUAGACCCCAGGAUGCUAUGAAGGCAGCCUGGUGCCUGCAGGUUUUCGCCACAAUAUUUUAUGCUAUUUUCAGCAUAGUCCUGUAUGUCUACAUUGGAAACACGGUGCAGUCCCCGGCCCUCUUUUCUCUUCCUCCGACAUGGUCAAAGGCGACAUUUGGCAUUGCUAUCGCCAAUUUCCUGUUGUCAUCCUUACUGAAUCUUUCGGGAAGCUCUGCCGGACUAUACACUCAUACAGCUGCAAAGCUGGUGUUUGUCCGUAUAUUUCGUCAUUCAAAGCACAUCUAUUCACACACGUUACUCGGAUGGACGGUCUGGACUCUGCUAUGUUUCGCAGGCGUGGCUAUCGCCGCGAUUCUCGCCAUUGCUGUUCCGAUAUUCUCCUACCUAAUCGGGAUUGCGGCAGCCCUCUUUGCCGCGUGGUACACGUACGGUCUGGCCGGAUUUUUCUGGUUACAUGACGUAUACCAUCUCAAGGGUGGCGUGGACGGGAUCAAACGGCGACCCAUCGGAACUACAUUAGCAGUGCUGACCAUUCUUGCUGGGGCUUUCAUCUGUGUUGCCGGAGCUUAUGUGUCGAUAAAGGUCAGUGUUCGUGUCUUUGCAUCCGAUAUUCAUCUCAGUAAUCAAUGA